AUGGCUUCGCGCACACCGCCGGCCAGUGGGCGCCGGGAGUCACCGUCGCCGCCGCGUCGGCGGCCGAGGCGCCGGGAGCACGUUGUCGUCGAGCGGCAGGUCGUCAAGGAGAUCGGCAACACGGGGUGGCCGAUGCUCACCAAGACCAACUACGCCGAGUGGUCGGCGAUGAUGAAGGUGAUGCUCCGCCCACGCGGCCUGUGGGAAGCCGUGAACUUCGCCGACGUUCUGGAGCAUGAAGACAUGAUGGCCAUGGAGGCCAUCUGCAAGUCAGUGCCGGCCGACAUGGUGGUGUCGAUGGCGAACAAAGAGAGCGCCAAGGCGGCUUGGGAUGACAUCAAGACGGCGAACCUCGGCGUCGAGCGCGUCCGCAAGGCCAAGGCGCAGACCCUGCGAAGGGAGUUCGACGGCCUCGUCUUCAAGGAUGGCGAGAGCGUGGACGAGUUCGCGUUGCGGAUCAACAAUCUCGCCGCGCAGCUGAGGACGCUCGGGGACGACCACACCGAACCAACGGUCGUACGCAGGUUCAUGCAGGCGCUCCCUCCGCGCUACCACCAGAUCGCCAUGUCGAUCGAGACCCUGCUCGAUCUGGAUGAGAUGUCCGUGGUGGAGCUGGUCGGGCGGUUGAAGGCAGCGGAGGAACGUCACAGCCUCAGUGGAGUUGGCAAAAAUAGCAUCGCACAACUCAACCUGACUGAGGAGGAGUUGAUCGCACGUGUCUCCAAGAAGCUGCACUUGUCCGGCGGCUCGUCGAGCUCCGGCAACUCUGGUUCAAGCGGAUCCGGAGGAGGCCGGGGAGGAGGCCGUGGCCGUGACCGUGGUGGUGGCCGCGGAAGGGGCUCCCGGAAGAAGUGCGGCGAUGGCGCUGCACGUGGUGUUGACGCGCGUGAAGGCGGAGCUGUCGCCAACGACGAGUGCAAGUACUGCGGCAACAAGGGGCACUGGGCCCGCGAGUGCCGCAAGAAAAAGCGCGACGAGCAGGCGUACGCGGCCGAGACGGAGAUUGAAGGUGCACUGCUGGUGGGGAUCACGUCGAUCUCUACUCGGCAGGCGCCCCAUCUACCUGUGCCGGCGGCACCUGCUAACCGGGAGGAUGCGGCACAUGUUCAGAUCGGCGGAGGAGGUGCAAGCACUCGCUGGAUCAUCACCGACGAGAUGUCGAGCGCAACGGCAUUAGUGGCGUUGGCGGCGCCCAGCGCUGCGACAGCAUCGGCCGUGGCGGAACAGGAGGUGCACAUCCGUGAGGACACGCUCUUUGUCCAGCUCGGAGAGAAGAACGGCGAGGAGAACACGCGCUGGAUCCUCGACACGGGGGCGACGAACCAUAUGACCAGCAUGCGCUCGGCCUUCUCCGAGCUCGACACGGGCGUGCACGGCACCAUCCGGUUUGGCGAUGGGUCCGUGGUCGAUAUUGAAGGGCGCGGUAUGAUUCUCUUUGCUUGCAGAACCGGGGAGCACCAGAGGCUCGAUGGCGUGUACUACAUCCCAAAGCUCACCGCCAACAUCAUAAGCCUCGGUCAACUGGACGAGGACUGCUACAAGAUCCUGAUCGAGGACGGCACCCUGCGCAUCUGGGACCAGCGACGCCGGCUGCUGGCAAAGGUGCCACGCUCGGAGAACCGCCUGUACAUCCUCGACGUCAAUCUCAGCGUCCCGGUGUGUCUCGCGGCGCACGCGGACGACACGGCCUGGAAGUGGCACACCAGGUAUGGGCACCUUAGUUUCCAUGGCCUGAAGCUGCUUGGGAAAAAGGAGAUGGUGCGAGGACUUCCACACAUCGACCAUGCCGAGCAGGUGUGCGAGAGCUGUCUCGCCGGGAAGCAACGCUGA